AUGAUGCAAAAAUAGAAUUCAAAUGAUCAUACUUAAGUUUAGUGGUCCACCUAAUCUACUAAACUCAAGUUAGACUAAGGAUUCAAGUUUUUGAUUCAUAAUUUCAGAAAGGCACUCUUCAUAGCUUUCUAAAAGUCUGGGCUCAGCAAUGGCUAUCAUCAUUUUGUUGAUAAUUGGCUUGCUUAAUCUAAAGCCUUCCUUCAGGGAAGGGGCAUAAUUCAACCUACUGAGAGAUAAAUCUGCGCUCUCUCUGUGCUUCUCUAUCCCACUCUUGGGGCUACAAUCAAGACUAUAUAGAUUCCAGGUAGCAUCCUUUAGAAUGGAAAGAAAUAGAUGAAAACCAUUUUUAUUGAAAAAGACAGGAUCUUCAAUCAAGUUCUUGGAGAAGAAGGAAUGCAAAUCUAUAAGCAUAUUUUCGAUAAAAAUAGUACCGAAACAUUAGACAAAUUCUUUAAGGAUGACUUCAUCAGAAUUCUCUGGCCUCUCUUCAUUCAAUACUCUGAAUUCAAAUUCCUUUUCAAAGAAAAAUCUGAAUCAGAGAAGCCUACAUAGAAGACAAAAGCCAUUAAGAAAGGCCACAAAAUAGAGAAAUUUCCAAAGUCAAGAUCUCAGAUCCUCAAUGACUUGAAGCCAACCCUCCAGCACAUCUCAUGGGUUCUAAUCCAUGAGUACAAACUAGCAGUACCUGCUCUCUGGUUAGAAAAAUUUCCACCUGCCAACAUGAAGAAUAAAGAUGACUAGAAAGCUAAGAUUUAAUGA